AUACGGAAUAUUGUGGACAUUGCCUCUGACGUGGAAGACGUCAUGCGUCGUCAGAAGCCUAGCACGUUGCCGCCUUUGACUGUGCUCGUUGGUGGCCACAACAUGAAUUCUACGGGCUUUCCCCUACAAACGGAAGAGUCACUGCCUGCCGAACACCUCACCAAGCAAACAAAUCCGACCACCUCAAUUCCCUUUCCUGAAGAGGGUAGUUUAGGGGAAAACCUUGGCAGUCGGUCUACACUGUGGACCCCUAAGGGAAAUGCGAGUGAAAGGGAAAAAACAUCUGCCGAUAGAAACGCGACCGAGCCGCAACAAGGGCCACAUGCUCCACGCCAAAGCAGUCCAGACAGAGAGGCAAACCUGAAAUCAGACAGGGGCAGACGACCGGAAAUCGCCACUUGUGAAGUAGGACUGCUUAUGGUGGAAGGCUCUUGCGUCUUUGUCGAGGAAGAUAAGCUCUUUGAUUUCAUCGUGGUCGGAUGUGGAGCCGUAGGAUGCCCUAUGGCAAGGACACUUGCAGACGCCGGCGCAGCGGUGGAUCAGUAAGGCGUUCAAGCCUAUGCCGCAAGACACACAGUAUGUGUCUAGGUUGGCGAUGAGUCUGCAAGACGAAGGGUAUAAACCGCUUUUCCCGUCGGAUGAGAGGGCGAAGGACUUCAACUGCCCUCGCUCAGGUCUCGGAUGCACUGCUAAGAUUUUGCCUGGUCACGUGUGGGGAGGCGUAACUGUGUUCGACAAGGAAAAGAAUUUCUUCAGGAACGCUGCUGAUGUAUUUGUGUACGAAGCUCCCGGAGUACCUGCUCACCCUGAUCGUCUUUUAGUGAAGACAGAACAAUUUGUGGAGAGAGUUCUCUUCGCUACUUCAAAAGUUUCACAACCGCGGGCUGUGUGCGUGAGCUACCGGCCAUCUUCGGCAGAAGACAUGGCUCCAAUAGGCCUUGACGCACCACCACCACAAAAAACAGGAGAAAGUCGAGGGUUAUUAUCUUCUCUGUUGUCCUACGCUCUCCAAAUGCUUGAGUGGAUUUGGCCUAAUGACUCAUCAUUGGAAAUAGCGUGCCUUCGAGGACAAGGCGAGAUCAUUUUGUCUGCGGGAGCAGUCCACACUCCACUCCUUCUCUUUCGAUCGGGUGUUGGCCCACAAGAACAACUUCAAGAAAUAGGAGUUCCGGCAGUCGCCGUGGUGGAGGAGCUGGGACGCAACCUUUCUGACAGAAUACUUAUUCCCAUACAGAUGUUUCAAAAGGACAACAAAAGAAAGGAGGACAGAAAUCCCAGAGUCUGUCAAGUUCUUGGUGCAAGACACCAAGGACCCCACUGUGACGGAGUUGGCAUCAACGAGCGGACUCUCAAAUGCUCGUUGCUGACAACGGAGGAGCUGUCUGGUCCUAAUGUAAUCCACGGUCUCCUGUGGGCAUCUCACCUGCUGUUGCCACCGUCAUGGAGAGAUCAUCCUGCAGCCCACGCUGUAUUCAACUUUGUUCGAUUCUGCGAAGGAAAGAUGAAGUUUCAGGGAACACUGCAAUAUCCGCCUGCCUGCAUGUUUGUCGAAGGUCUCCUCGACUGUUUGGACCGGAGUAUUUCUCUUUUCUACUUUACGACCGAGCCCAAAUCACGGGGAUACAUUCGCCAACACAAAGACGGACGAGUCGAAGUUGAGGCUAACUACCUCAAAAACGAGCAGGAUUUGUUCGAUGCCACAAGAGGAGUUCAAUCUCUCAUUCAACAAGUCAACGGUGGCCGAUUCGCAGACAUCGUCGAGCCUCUCCAGCCUGGUUCCUGUCCAGUGCUGAUGCUUUACACUGUCGUCAGUCUCUUCUUGGAUUUCGCUCAGGCAGCCGAUCUGCCGCAGUACGAGAAGCAACUUCUUUCGGUUCGACGGCAUUCGACAGAUCUUCAGACGCAUCAUCAUGAACAGGCUCGUGCAACAAUGCCUUCAGCAUCGGAAGACGAGUUACCCUUCCUCAGACUUAUACAAAAUCUUACCGAGUCACGCGGAGGUUUAAAAAAUGAAAAACAACCGUCGGCAAUUCGUGCUGCAGCAAAUGACCCGGAGAGGUCCGAGGGAGCAGCGGCACACGGUACAGCGGCGCAGCCGGUAGAAGGGUUUGAAGAGGAUCUGGGAAAGGUUUUCAAGGACAGAGAGAAGCUCAAGCGGUUGUUCGAAAACGGUAGCGCCCAACAACGCCGGCGGCAAACAAAUAUGUUGCCAGAAACUACCAAACAAUCCAGUCAGAAAAAGGAUGAGUUAGCGCCACAGUCUCGCGUGUGUGCAGCUGAUGCAGAGCCUGCCUGCAAAGACGGACCAAUACAUAGUGACGUCUACACCACGACGUGCAGUGCACACGAUAUCUUCACCAAACGAUAUGGUUCAUCUGCUUGCUCUUCAUCGCCCUACGCGUCUACUGCCCAAGCGGAAAGCCCUGAAAGUUUCAUAUCGUGGCAAGCAGGGUUGGCUGAAGCCGGGAUCCAGCAAUUUUUCGGGGAGCGUUUGCCUCCAGGAUCGGGGCAGUGGGCAGCCACUUAUCCCCCAGUCUUGCCACAAGUUGAUGAUCCGGAGGCAGUGGCGGCCUUCGCCGUCACGUACAUGACAAGUAUCUGGCACUUAGCCGGCACAGCAGCUGUGGGCCACGUGGUUGACCACGAGUUCCGGGUUAUGGGCACCAAGAACCUGUCCAUAGCAGACGCUUCUGUACUCAAUCAGAUGACGCGCCUUAAUCCAACAGCAACUCUGCUCACCCUCGGACGGUAUAUCGGCUUGCUAAAGGUCAAGUCCAGCGAACGCAAUACUAAUAAUGAUAGAAAAUCCGGAGAACACGGGCGAAAAGGGGGACUCUAGUUACCGCUACAUUGUUCUGAAAUGUCUUUUCCCUGAGGCUAAGUCCUGCGUGUGCAGUUUCUUUUACUGUCUUGCAUACAUUCUAAAUGUCAACACAAUGUGGUGACGAUGCCGUGCGUCUUCCCGCAAACAAUGUUUUUGUAUGGCAACUUGAUGCACGGUUCUG